AUGCGACCGCUACGAGGAGUAGAUAGGAAAAGGCGGCCGUUGUUUCCAGGAGGGUUGAGGUGGCCAAUCGUGUAUGGUGGUGCUUGGAGAGCAGCGCCGUUUGAGAACAAUGGAGAGAAGUUGAGAGAACGGCGUGGGGGGGAAGAAAAUGAUCUAGUCUGCGGCGGUUGGGGUUUCAAACGGGGUCAGGCGGGGAGGAAAGAAGAGAGAAAGCCGAGUUUGAGAAAGGGAUUUGAGAGAAAGGAAAACGGUUGGGAUUGGUGUCUAGUUGGAGUGAAGAGGAAAAUGAAAAAAUCGUUUCAACACUCUUAUCUCGAACAACAACUCGAGAAGCGUUUCAAGCUCUUCAGGUUCUGGACAGUGCCGGACAAAUCAUUGUUUCUGGCUUCUCACAAAGACUCAAUCCAAGUGGUCGUCGGAGACGCCUCUGCUGGUGCCGAUGCUGAGCUGAUCGAGGCUUUGCCCAAUCUGGAGAUUGUUGCCAGCUUCAGUGUAGGAAUUGAUAAGAUAGAUUUGGCAAAGUGUAAAGAAAAGGGCAUCCGAGUUACCAACACCCCUGACGUUUUAACUGACGACGUGGCGGAUUUGGCGAUUGGGUUGAUAUUGGCGGUGUUGAGGAAGUUUUGUGAGAGUGAUCGGUACGUGAGGAGUGGCAAGUGGAAGAAAGGGGACUAUGUUUUGACCACCAAGUUCACUGGGAAAAAAGUUGGUAUUCUCGGUCUGGGAAGGAUUGGCACGUCAAUUGCAAAGAGAGCUGAAGCAUUUAGCUGCCCUAUUAGUUACCACUCAAGAACAGAGAAACCAGAUAUCAAAUACAAAUACUAUCCGAGCGUUGUCGACCUGGCUUCCCAUUGUGAUAUCUUGGUUGUUUCUUGUCCCCUGACUAAGGAGACCCACCACAUCAUCAACAGGGAAGUCAUUGAUGCAUUAGGUCCAAAGGGAGUCCUCAUCAACAUCGGGAGAGGCCCUCACGUCGAUGAACCCGAGCUGGUUUCUGCAUUAGCUGAACGGCGACUAGGAGGUGCAGGGCUUGACGUGUUUGAACACGAACCCAACGUACCGGAAGAGCUCUUCGGGCUUGAUAAUGCAGUGCUCGUACCUCAUGUGGGAAGUGAUACUGUGGAAACCUGCCAAGCUAUGGCCGAUCUUGUGAUUGGGAACUUGGUGGCACACUUUCAGAAGAAACCACUGUUAACUCCUGUGGUGCUAUAUUAGUAAAUUGCCAACUUCAGAUUGCUGCUCUCAUUUAUAUUUUCAUGAUUUUAAGGACAUUUUAUUGUACAAAUUAUAUGUAGAUGAUUGUAAAACCUUCUUCCUAUGGGGCAAGUAUUUGUUGCAAGUUGAAUAAAA